AUCUGUUGGCGUUCUCUUCCAGGAGUACUUCUCCAUUACCCUCGCCACCUGCGACGGCGUUGUCGACUACGUGGGGCGCAUGCAGGAGGUUGCCGACCGCCUUGCCGCUCGCAAGGCUGCCCUUUCCAAGCCUCUGCAGAUUCAUCGUCUGCUCUUCAAUCUCACGCCGGAUUACGAGUCCCGCCUGCAUGCCUUCACCGAGGUAAACCCGUUGGCUGGCCUCACCAAGGUGAUUCAGUGGAUCAUUAACACGGAGGUCAAGCUCCGCAUCCCCAUUGUCAACCUCACCACCACUCCUUCCUCCACCUCCCUCAAUGCCACGCAGCCUCGCAACCAGGGUGGUCGCAACGGCGGUGGAGAGGGUCGUGGAGGGGGCGGAGGUGGUGGUGGUGGUCGGGGUGGUGGCGGUGGUGGCGGUGGUGCUGUGGUGGUGAUGGUGGUGGUGGUCCUGGUGGUACCACUCCUGGAGGUUCCUCUAGUGCCGGUGGAGCUGUGA